GAUUGAAACAGCGCGAUCGCCGGCGGCAUCAACAAUCUGGCGUACCAACUCGUCAGUGAGGCCCCCGAAAACAUAUUUUUCUCCAAAGGAAUUUCUCUCCGUGCGACAUGCGAUGCAUUGCUGUAGGAUGCAAGACCGGCAGGAAGAGCGGGCUGCGCAUUCACUCGUUCCCUAGAGACCCCAAACGACGACUGGAGUGGGCCGUGAAAGUCAACUUGGCAGAGAACGGCAAACUUUGGGUACCUCCCAAGGAAAGUAGCUGCUACGGAAUCUGCGAGGCCCACUUUGAGGAGGACCAAUACGAGCCCAGGAGGACGGACCGCAAGCUGAAGGCCUUUGCGGUGCCCACAUUGUUCGAGCACAGGCGGCCUCCCAGGAGGCGCCGCCAGCUGAGGCGCUCCACGCCGCCACCGGCCCCCGUCAAGGAACCCGAACCCAAGAAAGAUGCACGGCUCACUGCGGCCUCCAUCGCAGCAUCCAACGACCACACGUACCUCGCACCCCGAGACCAGCCCCCUUUGACUGUACGAAACCAGGGCCCACCGAAGCCGCAGCCCCCUAGCGUGACGGUCACCUUCGCGAUGCCCAACUCACUGUCGUCGUCCCCCAUGAUGUUCACGGCGUCGGGCACCUCCCCAUUCUGUUCCCUGGUUCCCGCGACCUCGGUGUGCACCGGCGGCGUCAGCAGCGCGCCCACCGACGCCACUUCUCCCAUGCUGCUGCUCCAGACUGGGGGCACCACGUCGUCGGCGCUGCCCGUGACAACGAGCGGUGCCCCCACCUCGGUUUCUAACAACGUCGUAAUCCAAGGCGUCCCCGCUGCCGCAACAAACUCGCACGGCACGAGGCCGCUGGUGUCCAUUGCCCCAGCUGGGAGUGCAGUCCGGGUCUCUGCUCCCAGCAGCGUCACGGUUCAAGCGGCGUCCUCUACCGGCACGAGCACUUUUACGACCACAGCACCUAUUACUCCGCAAAACAUAGUACUGCCUCCCUUCAACUGCCUCCCCGGUGGAGGCCCCAUCAUACUAGUCCCCGUGAACAGCCUGUCCCAGCGGCCUCCCGGCUCAACGCCCAUCCAGGGGAACCAGGUGCCCAUCAUCAUGUCGGUGGAAUCUCUCCGGCGAAACACGGGCCACACGCCCAUCCUCAAGAGGCCCCCCACCUACGAGGAGCUCCAGGCAGAGCUCUCCAAGCUCCAGAGCCAGGCGGCCUCCAACUGCCAGGAGAUGGGGGAGUGCAACAAGAAGCUCAUCAAGGUCAAGGCGUCCCUGGCCAAGCAGACGGAACAGCUGGGCAAGUUCCUCAACAUGGACCAGGUGGAGUGUGUUCAAAGGCUCCCAGGGGAGAAAGUGAAGUGGACACAAAAGACGCUGGCAUUUGCGCUCGAGGUGUACUCGUGCUCGCCGCCAGUGUACAAGAAGUUGUUGGACAGUCACUACCCACUGCCGCCGGAGUUGGCCUUGAAGAAGUACUGCUUGGACAGUGGGGUUAAGGAAGGGGUGCCCACAGAACUGUUCAGUCUGGAAGAGGUUGUUACAGAAGAUGAGGAUGCGAAUAUUGUGUGGCUUUAGCUGCGCUUGUUUUAUUAAAAUUGAGAAAGAAUGAGACAUAAAACAAUAA